UAAUCCAGCCCCUGUCCUGGGUCGGAAAGCACACGCACAAGUUGGAGAGAAAGACGAGAACAAGAGGGAGACGGAGGGAAACGAGGAGAUGUCAGAAUGAGUCGGCAACAUUACCGCCCGGCGAUGGAAAACAUCCGCAGAUAGACAGACAGAAAGUCAAAGAUAUAAAAGUAGACUGAUAGGGCUAGCUAUCGGCCAGCGAUUGGAUGACAGCCGUGCGGAAAACAGAAGAAAGAAGAAGAAAAGGAGGAGAAACAUGAGUCGGCAGCAGCAGGAGUCUCAGGGAGUGGUUUUAACGGGUUACCACAGCAACGCGGAACUGUUGCCGCAAACGGGACCGUGCGCCUCCAGCUGUCCGCAGGACCCCGAGCCCUCCGUGGCCAGCCGCAGAACAGGUCAUUACAGUCUCGAGCAGAACCAGAGCGCGCCUCAUGGAGACAGACACAGAUCCACCGCCGACGGUACGAAAGCUGGAAGCGUUGACUCGUCACCACUCCCCAAACCAAGCUACAUAUCUGGCUCCAGGUCGCUGCCUGCCUCCAGUCCCAAGCCUGGCUCCAGCCCUAAGCCUGGCUCCAGCCCCAAGUCUGGCUCCAGCCCCAGGCACAGUCUCAACUCCAGGUCCAGACCCCAGCCCCAAUGUCAGCGCCACAACUCUCAGGACUCCCUGGAGGAGCUAGAAAUGGACGACUACUGGAAGGAGGUGGAGAACAUCACCAGCUCAGGAGGACAAGGUGCAGGGAGGGGAGAAGGUGGAGGAGAAGGAGAAGUCCCAGAGGAGGAGCAGCAAAAAGUUCCUGAAGAAGGAGAGCAGGAGGAGGCGUGGCUUACACAGGCGGGGCUUGCAAGGCUCUUUGAUGAUUCAUUGGCUGCUGACCAGGACCAGGAAGAGGACAGUGCAGUGUUCCUGUCCACGCUCACCAGAACUCAGGCGGCGGCCGUGGAACGGCGCGUGGCGACGGUGCAACAGACGUUGCAACGGCGGCGCAACCGGCAACACCUUCCUGAUGUUCGGGAUAUAUUCAGACCUCCAGACAAGGUUGAGGAGCCUCACAAACUCAAAGGAGGAAGUGAGAAUGGACAAAAGGAUGCAUCCUCAGCUGAAACGGAGACGGAGCUGAACGUUGAGGUGGCGUUUUCGGAGCAGGCGCUCUCUUACAAGGACAACCACCAACGGCUGAGAGUCACCACCAGCCUUAACUCACCUGACGACAAACUGCCGAACUUUAAGGUUCUCCGGGAUAAAACAGGUCUGACCAAAAUGGGAGAUCUGUCUCCUCUGGAUAUGAAAAAGGUGCGCAGACUGGUGCUCGUGGAGAUGACUGCACUGUUUGACACAGCCGGGAUAGACCUGAAAGCGCACAAAGCUAUCAAAGUUAAGACUAAAGAGAGUGGCCUGUUUGGAGUUCCACUUUCCACUUUAUUGGAUCUGGACCAGAAGCGGGCUCCUGGGACCAAAGUGCCAUUCAUACUGCAGAGGCUAAUUGCUCAUAUCGAGGAUGAAGGACUAGACACAGAGGGGUUGCUGCGAAUCCCUGGAGCGGCCACUAGAGUCAAGUCACUGUGCCAGGAGCUCGAAUCAUCGUUCUAUGACGGGAUGUUUCCAUGGCAACAGUUGAAGCAGCACGAUGCUGCUAGCCUUUUGAAGCUGUUCAUCAGGGAGCUGCCCCAUUCCCUGCUCACUGUGGAGUACCUCAACGCAUUUAUUGCUGUCAACAAGCUCCCCACCAAAAAGCAACAGCUGCAGGCUUUGAACCUGCUGGUCCUUUUGUUGCCCGACGCCAAUCGAGAUACGCUGAAGGCAUUGGUGGAGUUUUUCCAGCGAGUCAUUGACCAUCAGGCCAAGAAUAAAAUGACCCUGAACAACGUCUCUGUUGUCAUGGCACCCAACAUCUUCAUGUUCAAAGGCCUUCGGUUCAAGGUUACAGAGCAACAGGAAAUCUCCAUGGCAGCCAGAACAGCCAACAUCGUUCGGCUAUUGAUCAGAUACCAGAAUCUUUUGUGGACAAUCCCCAAGUUUAUUAUGAACCAAGUCAGGCAGCAAAACAUGGAGAGUCAGCGGAAACAAAAUAAAGAGAGAGCUGUGCGGAAACUGCUGAAGAAGAUUACCACUGAUAAACCGCCUGAUAAAGCUCUCCCUGAGGAGAGUUCGCCGGGGGUUAUUCGAGUCCACGCGCCCCAGUUGAGCAAAGUUUCUAUGGUAGUUCAGCUUACAGAAGAGCUGCAGGCUGUUGAUGUGCUAGCACGCUUCCUGAGCCAAGACAGUUCAGUGGCAGCGAAAAAAGAGGAGCUGUGUCUCUAUGAGAUUGGUGGAAACAUCAAGGAGAGAUGCUUAGAUGGCGAAACCUACAUGAAAGACCUCUUCCACCUGAACCCGACAGCGGAGUGGGUCAUCAAAGCUACACAGCGAUAGACCCUGGACGCACCAAGCUAUCACCACUACUACUGAGAAGAGAUAUCACCUGUGGUUUCCGCUGCUUCUGGGUGGACUUUGAUCGUUCAUUUGUAGCAAACACGCAUUUAGUUUUUGCAGAAGACGCAAAUUGUCUAGUUGGAAUUUA